UAAACUUCACAAUAGCAGCUUUGCCCAUUAGAAGUUUCAGAUGAUUAGUCGGGCUGGUGAUCUUUGGCAAACAUGUUUUUGACACGCUUCGUAUGGCAGAUAAAUAGUAUCAGAGUAACUACAAUAAAGAAAUAUCGUGACUGCCUUACAUUAGUCAUUUGUUGACUUAACAAGGUCCUUCACAUUCCGAAACUCAGGUCAGUCCUACACUGGCAUCCCUGUUAUGGCUGCCAACAUGGACACGGUGGGCACCUUUGAAAUGGCCAGAGAGUUGUCACGGUUUAAAGUGUUUACUGCUAUCCACAAGCACUAUUCUGUAGAUGCCUGGAAGGAGUUUGCUGCUCAGAACAAAGAGAGUAUAAAGUAUGUAGCAGCCAGUUCUGGCAUUGGUGAAGGAGAUCUGAGCAAGCUGAAGUACAUCUUGGAAGCAGUGCCAGAAGUAAUGUACAUUUGCAUUGAUGUUGCCAAUGGUUACUCAGAGCAUUUUGUUCAGUUUGUACGGGAUGCUCGCAAGAUGUUCCCUUCCCAUACCAUUUUGGCUGGCAAUGUUGUUACUGGAGAAAUGGUAGAGGAGCUGAUUUUGUCAGGUGCUGAUGUAAUCAAAGUUGGAAUUGGCCCAGGAUCUGUCUGCACCACCCGCAGAAAGACAGGUGUGGGAUACCCACAGUUAAGUGCUGUCAUUGAGUGUGCUGAUGCAGCACAUGGCUUAGGGGGACAUAUUAUUUCUGAUGGAGGCUGCACAUGCCCAGGAGAUGUGGCCAAGGCAUUUGGGGCAGGCGCUGACUUUGUCAUGCUAGGCGGCAUGUUUGCAGGACAUACAGAGUCAGGUGGCGAGGUUAUUGAGCGAAAUGGCAAAAAGUUCAAGCUCUUCUAUGGAAUGAGUUCUGCCAUGGCUAUGGAGAAGCAUGCUGGAGGUGUUGCAGAUUACAGGGCUUCUGAAGGGAAGACAGUGGAGAUAGAGUAUCGUGGCGAUGUAGAGAAGACCAUUCAAGACAUCCUAGGUGGAAUUCGGUCCACAUGCACGUACGUAGGUGCCUCUAAGUUGAAAGAGCUCAGUCGCCGAACCACCUUUAUCCGUGUGACACAGCAGCUGAAUGAGGUUUUCACCCCAAACACCACUGGAAACUGAGAGCCACCCCUCACACAUGGCAGUGUUUUAUUGGUAACUCUACAAUGCAUUGCUGCAUCCUUUUGAAAUUCUGUAACUGUUCCCGUGGUAUUAGCUUUGUUUUGUGUCUGUCUCAAAUGACUUGUGCAAGCAGAUUUUAGUGAUAUGAUCCAGUAAUAUCCUGAGGAUUGGCUCUUAACUUUCAAGUGCUUAUCCUGGUGUUUCGUAUAGUUUUGCCUGGGUUCUUUUUUCUUUUUUUCUAGUGGAGUCCUCCUGCUCCUUCUUCCCCCUCCCCCCCAACCCUUCAGUUUGCUUGUUUCUAUUUUUCACUUUGUACAAAAAUAUUACAAUUUGUUGAUUGUUCCAUGAUUCUUUAGAAUACAUGUAGCAGUAAUGCUGUUAUCUCUUAAACCUAGUCAUGUAGCUUUAAGUGCAAACGGUAAAAAGAAAUAGGUGCUUUGUAAUGUAGUUUAUUCUUGGACAUGUAAGGACACCAUUAUAAAGGAUUGCAGCUUGGCAUCCCAUUGCAAGGGAGAUCAGAACAAAUAAAAACUGUCUGGCUUGCAUCACUGUUUUAAAGAAACCAUGUCCAGCAAUGAUUAUGCUGGAUAUAAGCAUUUUAACUAUUAGAAAUGCUUUUUUUUUCUUUUGGUGCUUCAGUGAUAUUAAUUAUCUUAAGAGAGAAACCUACCCGUGUAACGUAAGCAUUUUGGGUGAAAAUAUAAAUUGUGUCUGGUGAAUGUUGUGAACAUUUGUCAUUCACCAUAGACAUAAUACAGUAAACUGUGACUACAAAUUCCAGAGAUUUUUUAAUUGUAAUACAUGGCUGCUUGUUGUGUCAGUCCAAGAUAUUUCAUUAUCAUGUAGUGAAAUUGACAUUUUUGAAACCAUAUUGCAAUUCUUCAUUAAUUCAGUUAAUGAAUUACAUUAAUGACAUGCCUAACCAUGUGUGAAGGCAUAUAAACAUCAGGAAGCCAAUACAUACACUUCAUUUAAAUUAAGUGAAUUGCUUCAUAAUGGAAAAUGGCUUUAAAUAAAAGUUUGGUUUAUUUUACUGUUUAGUUUUGCACUAAGUGUUCUAAAAUCAUAUACAUGCCUUAUGUUGUCUUCUAGAAAAAUUUAAGACCUGUGAUUAUCAAAGUGAAGCUAUCUCUCAAAUGGUGUGGCUUAGAUUUUAGAACAAAGGUGAGGAGUGGAGGAAAUUACCUUGAGCUGUACAUUUCAUGGCUCAUGGUCUACGGUAUGUGCUUUGCUGUUAUUUAUGCUGCUUUUACCUUAUUUCUGCGAAUAUUAUGUGGUAGUCUUUUACAAGUUUGUCAACUGGUUUAUAUUUAACUACUGGUUUUCCACAAAACAAUUUGCUAAAGUUUUUGCGUAACUUGUUAAGGGUUUUAAAAUUACGUUUUAUUUACUAGACUUUUGAGAGUAUUUGAAAUAAUAGGUGUGUUGGAAAUCUUACUUUACUAUGAAAUUGUUCCCCUGAAAAAGAUCAAAUGUAAACCAAUGUUUUGCACAUGUUACUACCCUUACUGAUCAACCUCUGUCCUGUAAAAAAAAUUUCCAUUAGGGAUUUCCUUUAAGAGGAACACAUCUUUUAAAUAUUUUAUGAUUUGUGUUUCUGCAUGCAAAUGUGUACCAUGGCCAUGUAGUUGGUGCACUCAGCUUUCAUGAACAAACUUGUUUUCUCCAGCUGUGACUGGAGAAUUCCAUUUUUUCAAGGAUGUGUAUAGGUGGAUUGCUGUCUGUCUGCCAAGACUAACGCUUAGCCUCUUACGAAGUGAUCCGCUGUUAGUCUUGGGGAGCCUAAACAAUGAAUGCGACUAAACUGUAAGCUAUGUUGUCUAAUGCCUCGUUUUAGUAGUAAAUCUGAAAUGUGAAUAAACUGGAAGCUAUGUGGUCUAAUGCCUUGUUUUAGCAGUUACAUGUAACUGGAAAAAAUCGUCUGCCAGCAGUCCAGGGAUAUUAGUUUGUGAUUUUUUUCACCAGGGUGGUCUGAUAUUCCAAUAAACUGUUUCUCAAAAAGACAGUGUAGAUUGUAUUACGUCUAAAUGUGACAGCUUGACUACCUUUCUGUGAUUACUUUUACUAAAUUUUGAAGAUCAAAAGUCAGGCAUUCUUCUGAAAAACAUCACAGUCUAUGGAUUGUAUACCGUCUUUCAAAUUAAUACCCUGUGUAAACUGCAUUCCUCUGAAAGGGCAUUUGUUGCUGUGAAAGCUGCUUUAUUUAAUCUAUUUAGUCUUGAUAUGAAAAUGUCAUUUGUACAUGCAAAGAUAGAUUACCUAUUACCAGUUGAGGCUAAAGGCUUAGUGUGAUUUUAUUGCGAGAGAAAUAAAUAUAUUGAAAAUUU